AUGCUGUCCAGCCCCAUUCCGGGCCUCCCGUUCCCACCCCCGACUUUUCUGCGAGAAGAUCCGUCGGUUGCCUUCAGCCCCUUCGAGCGGAAGGAGGCGAAUCGGCGAGGCCAAGGCGAAAGGGGCAAGGAGGAGCAGCAUCUUCAGAGGGACGGAGACCAGCAGCUGAGCAGGCAGCUGACCAUGGGAUCAUUGGAAGGCAACCAUUCAGAGGACCCCCCUGACUGCCCCAGGCCAAGACAGCACAGGAAGCCCCGGGUUUUGUUUUCUCAGGUGCAGGUAUCCGAGCUAGAAAGACACUUCCAGCAGCAGAAGUACUUGUCUGCCCCAGAGAGGGACCAUCUGGCCGGUCUCUUGAAACUCACCUCCACCCAAGUCAAGAUCUGGUUCCAAAACAGGAGGUACAAAAACAAGAGGCAGUGCCAGGAUAAAACCUUGACGCUCUCGGCUCUUCCUUGUCCUCUUUCCCUCCCACCCCAAAGGGUGUUUGUCCCUGUCCUGGCAAGGGAUGGCAGGCCCUGCCUUGAGAGUUCCCAGGCUUACUCGACCCCAUACAGCCUGGCAAUCAGCUCUUAUGCCACCUACCUCAGUGCCUGGAGCAAUCUGCUGUGCAGGGCUAACUAUGGCUGCAGCUACCCCGUGGGAUCCUCUGCUGCCGCCAGCAUCAGCCCUGCCACUAACAUAAUGAACAUGAGUUUUAUGAUGGCCGGAAGCCUUCCAAGUCACCAGGGCCAUGUCCAGACUGCCACGUUGCAGGCAGGGAUCAGGGCUUAG